AUGCGCCUCCCCGCCCGCCUCCCCGCCCGCCUCCUCACGUCCACGCGCCGGCAGCUACAGCAAUUCAGCACCUCCCCCCCGACGCCUCAGCCGGUGCGCGUGUACACGCCGAUCCGCAACACGGGCGACUUCCACACAGCGCUGCGGCUAAGCACGACAGCGAACGCGCCGCUGAUUACGCUGUGGACCGCCAGCUACUGUCCCAGCUGCCGCACGGUCAAGCGGGAGCUCGAGAAGCUUUUUGCGGAGCGCGGGGGCUCGGCGGGCUCGAUGGAGGCAAAGGAUCUGCAGUAUGUUGAGGUCGAGCUGGAUGCGCAGGGUGGUGGCGUCGAUGAGUUGGGGGUUAGGUAUAUGAUUCGCUCGCUGCCCACACUACUCUCGUUCCGUCGUGGAGAACCGGUGCACGAGAAACGGCUGGCGGAUGUGAGGCUGAUGCUGGACCGCACGAGACUGGGCGAGUGGGUCGACGGCGUCGCGGAGGAUGGUGCGCAGGAUGGUGGAGCAGGAGGAGCUAGUGGUGCGGGCGGAGGUUUGUUUGGUCGCCUUUUUGGCGGUUGA